GUGGAGGCGUCAGUCUGUAUUUUUGGCCACACGAAAAUGGACAUCCCCGCGUUGGACGCUGCGAUCGCCGCCAAGGCCGCCGAGAUCCGCGAGCUCAAGGCCGCCAAGCAAGACGUCAAGGAGCACGUCGCUGCCUUGCUGAACCUCAAGGGCCAGUUCAAGGCGCUUGCUGGCUACGACCAUGGCACGACGCCCGGCGCCCCCGCGGCCGCGCCCAAGCCCAAGCAGCUCACCAAAAAGGAGCUUCGCUUGUUGGAGCGCCAGAAGCAGGCCGAAGCGGAAGCUGCGGCCAAGGCCACGUCGGCCGACCCGACCAAGUUUGGCGACGCGCCGCUCAUUCAGUCGCGCGAGGCGCCGACCAAGAAGUUUGUCGAUGUCGGCGACAUUGACAAGGCCAAGGCCGGCGAAUCCUUCUGGGUCCGCGGCUACCUCCAGAACGUCCGUGCCAAGCCGAAAAUCGCGUUCUUGGUGCUUCGCCAGGCUGCGUUUACGAUCCAGGGUGUCCUUAGCGAGAGCAAGGACGUGCCCAAGGCCAUGAUCAAGUACGCCGAUGAGAUCCCGCGCGAGUCGGUCGUCGACCUCUUUGUGACGGUCAAGGUCGCGGCCGUCGAGAUCCACUCGACGACGCAGAAGGACGUCGAGCUCGAAGUCACCAAGGUGUUUACGAUCAGCAAGGCGCUCACGUCGCUCCCGAUGCAAAUCGAAGAUGCGUCUCGCUCGGACACGCUCCUCAACGCCGAGGGCUCCGACUACGUCGAGGUCGGCCUCGACACGCGCCUCGACAACCGCGUCUUGGACUUGCGCACGCCGGCCAACCAGGCCAUCAUGCGCAUCCAGUCGGGUGUCGGCCAGCUCUUCCGCGAGUUCCUCUACUCGAAGGGCUUUGUGGAGAUCCACACGCCCAAGCUCCUCGGCGGUGCGAGCGAGGGCGGUGCCAACUGCUUCUCGUUCAAGUACUUUGACCAGCACGCAGUCCUCGCGCAGUCGCCGCAGCUCCACAAGCAGAUGGCGUGCGCGUGCGCCGGCCUCGAAAAGGUGUUUGAGAUUGGCCCUGUCUUCCGCGCCGAGAACUCGUUCACGCGCCGCCACUUGUGCGAAUUCACGGGGUUGGAUCUCGAGAUGACCAUCAAGGAGCACUACUCGGAGUGCUUGGACGUCUUCUCGGAGCUCUUCAUCUACGUCUUUGACAACCUCAACUCGCGCUUCAAGCGUGAGCUCGCCAUCAUCAACGAGCAGCACCCGUUCGAGCCGCUCAAGUACUCGAACCCGACGCUGAUCCUCAAGUUUGACGAAGCCGUUGCGAUGCUCAACGCUGCCGGCAUUGACCAGGACCCGCUCGAGGAUCUGAGCACGCCCAACGAGAAGGCGCUCGGCGACCUCGUCAAGGCCAAGUACGACACGGACUUUUACUUUUUGGACAAGUUCCCGCUCGCCGUGCGCCCGUUCUACACGAUGCCCGACCCGAACGACUCGCGCUGGAGCAACUCGUACGAUUUUAUGAUCCGCGGCCAGGAAAUCUUGAGCGGUGCCCAGCGUGUGCACGACCCGACGCUCCUCGUCGAGCGCAUGAACUCGCUCGGCGUGCCCGAGGCCGACCUCCAGACGUACGUCGAUGCGUUCAAGUACGGCGCGUUGCCACACGCUGGCGGCGGCGUCGGCCUCGAGCGUGUCGUCAUGCUCUUCCUCGGCCUCGAGAACGUCCGCAAGGCGUCCAUGUUCCCGCGUGACCCGAAACGCCUUCGCCCGUAA